GGGCGCACAAAAGUGGAGGGCAGCAAUCUCUCCAAGGAGCGACGCGAGCUGGAGGAAACAAUAAACUCCCUGCAAGUGCAGAUAUACAAAGGAAGCGAGAAAAUGGACCAAUUCAAGCUCCUGAUGAAUUGGAAUCAAGACGAGCUCGAUCAGUGGGCUCAGGCGCAAUGGCAAAAGGAGCAAGACAACCUGGCUCUGGAGAAGUACAAGAGGCAGGACGAAUCAGUUGUAAAGGAUUUGAACCUUCAAAUUGAGAGAGACACGAAGAAUUCCGUGAAGACAAAAAGCGACCUGGCAAGGGAGGUGACAGAAACGCAGGCCGCCCAGACACAGCUUGACAAAACUGCCGAUGACUUCAGAGCCCUUCACAAAGAGCGCCAGGAGCUUUUGCGGCAGUGGGACGAAGCCGUGGAGGCAAUGAGACGACAGGACAAGGCCAUACAGCUCGCCACGGAGCGCUUCCACGAUAGAAAGUCUGUCAUCCGCCAGAAGCGAAAGGACUUAGAUGCUCAAGCCGCAUUUCUAGAGAACGAGGUCGCGAACAACAGAGAGUUGGAGGCGCGAAUAGAGGCGCUGGAUAGGGAAACGGCGAAACUGCGGGAUCUUGCCGGCGACGAACAGAAGAAAAAACUUGAAGCCUCGGACGAGACUGAAGUUCUCCAAAACACGCUGAGGAAAGCCGCCAAUGAUCUGGCACAGAAAACGGUGGAAAACAGAAACGCAAAAGCCAGCCUGGAGGACCUCAGGAAGCGGCUGGAUGGGGCGAGGAAAAAGUACGCGGCGGUGCGGCGCAAGUUGGAGAGCGAAAUGGGCCAAUUGGACGCCUUGGAACUGAGGGACAGCGAGCUGAAGGCGCUGCACGCCGCGGAGGAGAGGCACCUGCGGGAGGCCCAGAAGGUCACGGCGGACCUCAAGGCGCAGCAGUACAGGCAGGGGCAGGCGCUGUUCGUGGAGAGGAAGAAGGAAAGGGAUCUGAUAUCGGAGAUCGCGGGGGCGCACGCGGAGAACCGCAAUAUGAAGGCCAAGAUCGCUCAAUUGGAGGCCAAGGUGGCCAAGCAGCAGGAGAUGCUGUACAACGUCGAAUUCCAGAUCGUCGUCAUGGAGCGCAAGGUGUCCCGGGCGCAGGGAGAGCGCAGCGACGAGGAGACGAGGGAGCUGAACACCCAAAUCGAGCGGCUGACGCGGGAGCUGGAGGGCGUGAACGCUGAGCACGCGAUGCUACUGGCGCAGCUCAAAAAGGCGAUGGACAACCUGGGCCAAGCCAGUAGGAAGAACAAGCAGCUGCUGGGCGCCAAAGCGAAGAUCGAAGACAGCAUCGCUCAGCUGUACCUGGAGACCGAAAUGAUUCAGAAGAGUAUCAAGUCGGCUGUGGAUGAGAAGGAGAACUGCAUGGUCGAGCACGAUGUCCUGAAGCUGCAAGUCAAGAGGCUGACGGAUGUGGUGUCGAUGAGGGUUGACGAGGUGUGCAGUCUGGAGAAUCGAAAGGCACAGCUGCAGCUGAGUAUGGAGGAGCGCAAGCACGAAAUUGGGGUGCACAGGGAUGGCUUGCUGGUAGAGCUUAAGAACGUGCGCGACGACGUUCACAGAGUGAUAUUGGAGCAGAAAGAGCGGUUCUUGCGAGCGGGAAAGCUGAAGAGCAAGUUCGAAACCCUAUCAGCCAAUAAGCAGUCCAUGUUCGAAGAUGAGCCCAGGUCUCAGGCCUACUUCCUCAUAAAAGCAGCUCAAGAGCGCGAGGAGCUUCAGAGGCAAGGGGACGAUCUGGAUGCAAAGAUAAGGAAGGGGGAGAAAGAGGUCCAGGCGCUUCAACAGACACUGGAAAAGCUGCUCGACGCCAACAACCAGCUGGGGGCCAGCUUCCGCAGGGUCCCAAACGAGGCGUCCCUCAAGGAGCGCAUGGACCUGAGGGAGAGGCUGGACAGGGCGUACGACAAGCUGAAGUUCAAGCGCACUGAGGAGAUGAACAUCGCCGCCGACAUCCAGCAGGCGGAGAUCAGGCUGCGGGCACUGAGGAAAGAAGUCGACGUGAACAAAGGCUCGGUGGCGGAGUUGACAAAGAAGAAGGUGCGAGUAGCUCUUGGUUGCGCUGCCCGAGCGUGGGGAGGCUCUGAGCCAGCGCUUGGAAGCGGUGUUCAAAAAGACAAAUAG